ACCUUUCGUUUUUGACACAUCGGCUGAGCGUAUGCGUGCAGUGAGUAGGUAAGAUGGCGGAUGAUGAAUUUGUCGUGGUUUCGGAUCAAGAAAAAGUAAGAAUAGUUUCGAAUUUUAUAGUGCAUUCACCACCAGGUGAAUUUAAUGAAGUUUUUAAUGACGUAAGAGUCCUAUUGAACAACGAUAAUCUAUUAAAAGAAGGCGCAUCGGGAGCGUUUGCUGUAUACAACAAGGACCAACUUACGCCUGUUAAGAUAGAAGGAAGUGAUUAUCCUGCCCUCAUUACAGAAUACAAUGACUUAGGAAAUCAAAGAUUUUACGAUACUCGAAGUAAACAAAGUUUCAAAUAUGAUCAUCUUAGAAAAGAGGCUGUAGAUUAUGAACCCUAUGAGCCAGAUGCGACAGCAGAACCAUGGAGAUCUGUUCUUCAAGAUGAAAUGACGAAUUAUACUAAAAGUCAUUAUAGACAUGGAGUUUGUGCAGUGUUUGGAACAAGCAAAGCAGGGAAUAUAACGCUAGCUGCCUGCAUAGAAGAUCAUCAAUUUCAACCGAAAAAUUUUUGGAAUGGUCGUUGGCGUUCAGUUUGGUUAGUGAAUUUUAGCCCGAGUUCCGGUAAUGCAGAAUUAAAAGGAAACCUCAAAGUACAAGUUCAUUAUUACGAAGAUGGAAAUGUGCAGCUUGUAAGCAUUAAAGAGGUAAAAGAAAACUUGACAAUAUCGAACGAAAAACAAACAGCAAAGGAAUUGAUUCGUCUUGUUGAAGAAUCAGAGAAUGACUACCAAACGGCGAUAUCAGAAAAUUAUCAAACAAUGUCUGAUACAACCUUCAAAGCUCUUCGAAGGCAAUUGCCUGUAAUGCGAACUAAAAUUGACUGGAAUAAAAUUGUGUCGUACAGUAUUGGCAAAGAGCUUAAAAGUCAAUAGAAAUAGAUUUUUUAUAAAUUAAUAAGAGAAUUAACUAUAAAGAAUAAUAAAAAAAAUAAUUAAAUAAAGUGCAUUUUGCUGCAAUUGAAAAUGAAAAGAGAAGUCUGGAAGUGUGAUGUGCCCGGAAGCAAAUGUAAACAGUGCGUAAGAAGAAAAUCAUUAAGCAUACGAUCAAGCUUAUGUGAAUUGGUCAUAUAACUAAUUAAACAUUACUAUUAAAUGCAUUUAUUGUCGCAAAAUCGACUCAAAUGCUCAGUAUAUGUAAAUGAAAAUAAUGUUAACUAAUUUGAAUUAUCAAAAGAAACAAAAUAUCUGAUUGUAAUCAUAAGUUUAAUUAAGUUUUAUGAAAAUUUAGUUACUUGUGAUUGUCAUUUAGCUAGCACAAUUCAAUUUUUAUACCUUAUAUAAAUCACAUCAGUUGUAUAAAGUUUUUCCAGUGGAUUAUUCGAUAAAAAUUUUUCAACAUUUUAUUACACAAAUACUGUGAGAGAGUUCAAAUUUCCACUUGUAAACACUAAGACAUUUCACUAUUUUUAUUAUAAAAAAUAAAUAUAAAUUAAUGUGGUUUAUUGAGAAUUUAAAUGGUCUCAGUGACCAGAUAAGUUUAUAAAAAAAUAAUACGACUAAUAAAUCUUAUUAUUAAUUAAUAAAUAAAUUUUUAUUGAAGCUAAUGAUUUUAUAAUAAUAUUAUAGUUCAUUUGUUGCAAUUGAAAGCAAUUAAUAAAUAAAAAUAAUUAUAUUCAAUGUAUUUUGCUUUAUAAAUUGAUUAAUUUUUUAUAUCAUACCAUAGAGAAAUUAUUUGUGCCAAGCAGACAGUGGUGAAAUUUUUGGUGCUAACGCUUACCACACAUUACACAGCCAGACACUACGUAAUGAUAUUAAAAAAAAAAAAAAAAUUAAAAUUAAAAAAAGGUACAUAAUGUAUUGUACAUUGUAGAUUAUAGCCUAUAGCCUGCUGGAGCCUUAAUCUGUUCACAUUUUUGCGUAAAAAAUAAUUGUGUACAUAUGUUAUUUGGAUGUAUAAAUGAAUGCUGUAAAACACUCUAGCAUUCAAUAUUUCACACACUUUAAAUUUAAAAUCGUGUGUGUUAUAUAAUUUAUGAUUUGAAAUUUAUAUCGUAAUUUUAUUUAUCAUUCUUUAUAGUUGCGAUAAUCAGCAUUUAUUUUUUAACUAAUAUAUUUUUUAAAGAUAUAAUUAAAGAGAAUUAUCUAUGAUUACUUUGAAAAACAUUAUCAAAUAAAAAUAAAAUAAAAAAUUAAUCGAUUUAUAAAAGUUUCAUUCAUAAUAAUUAAAUAGUUAAUUUACAUGUGGUACAAUCGCAACAAAAAAAAAUACAUGCGAUUCAAGUAAUGUAUGUAUUUUUUUCUAGGAAAAUCGAAUUACGGUUAAAUUUCAAACAUGAUGUUAAUGUUUUGAGUCUUAUCAAACUCUACAGAGAAUAGUUGCCUACAAUGAAAGCAUAAUAGGGAUGAUAAUGUACUGUCUUACAAUCGAUUAUAUCAUAAUAUAAGUAACGCAUGUCCUCAUGUAAAAAAUGAAAAAUCACAAUUAUUGGUUGAUUUAUGUACUAUUAAAUGUUAAUUAUUGAGCGAAUAAAGUGAUAUAACACUUUAA